AGCGGAAGUGCCGCCUUGUGGGCUGGAUUUGAAAUUCCGUGUAGAUGCCCAUGGCGGCCGCGGCGGCGGAACGAGAAUCGGACUCCACAGAGCCUCCUGGCUCUGAGACACUCCUGGAUGCGGUCCUGCGGACCCUCUACGACCUGGGAGAGACUGAAGGUGAAACAGAGCCUAAAAGGAUCAAGAAGAAGAGAGAAAAGAAGAGAGACGUGGAGACCAUAGCAGAGGUUACAGCAGAGCCACUCCCACUGCCUGGACCUCUCGUAAAGGGCCAGAGGAAGAGUGCUUCCAGCUUUUUCAAGGAACUCAGAGAAGAGCUACACUCUGCUUCUGCUGCCCCCUCAGCUCCCCCUUCAGGAGCAGAAGUCCCUGCUACUAAUGCAGUGUCUCUCUCUGCUCCAAAGAACAGCAGCAGGCUCGUGGAAGUGGUAGAGUUUCAAAGCAGAAGUAAAAGAAAACCAAAACCAGAUCAAGAUGAGCACGCAAAGGAUAAAACAUGGACCCUUGAAAAAGAUGUGGGUAUUCAAGAAUUUAACCUAGAAAAGGCUCGUUUGGAAGUACACCGGUUUGGGAUCACGGGCUAUGGCAAAGGAAAAGAGAGAGUCCUGGAACGGGAGCGAGCUAUCGUGCUGGGGGCUAAGGCUCCCAAAAGAAGUUACGUGAAUUACAAGGUUUUACAGCAGCAAAUCAAAGAGAAAAGGAAAGCUCAGGAAGAAGAGGAGAGAUUGGCCCGGGACACAGACAUUUUCAAGAAAAAGAAGAGGAAAGUACAGGAGGACAGGAGAUCCAAGAAGUCGGCUCCCAGCAUUUUGUCAAAUGGAAAAGUUGGACAAGUUGGAAAAUUCAGAAAUGGGACAUUGAUUCUAAGCCAUGCUGAUAUCAAGAAAAUAAAUUCUUCCAGGGUAGCAAAAUGACGAACUUUGUCAGCUCUGGAGAGGAGUAGGAACCGUGACAGGGCUGGCACAGGACCACUGAACUGCAGACCGCACUUCAUGUCCCUCGGGGUCUCUUCAUGAGGAGCAAGAAAGAUAAACAGGGUGGUGACCUGCUGAGUGCCGGCCAGGCCCAGGCUCCACUCGGGUUUCUGGUUGCUAGCGUCAGCACACUUGGUUCCAGUCUUCCUUUUCAGUUUCACCGUCUCCUGAGUGUGUGGUUGCCGGAACAGUGCCUUUUGGACUUCUGACAACAGUGUUACUAUGUUAUGAAAGAACUAAGGAUUCUUGUCAUCUUUCGGUUUUCUGGAAAAGCAGUUCUAUUGUCAACCUACUUUGUGUAAAAUCCAUUUUGUAAGAAUUUCCAAAAAUACACAUCUGUUGUACGAGGGCUGGCUGUUGAGUAACACACGGGCAGUUCUAACUGGUUUCCCAUACCUCACAAGGCCAUGUUUACAGUGAUGUUACCCCUACCUGGGUGUCAGCGUCUUCUCAGAGAGUGAGGUGAGUUAAAGGGAGAUAAAGAUCUCCAGUGAGGACGGAUUCUGGUACUUCCCACCUUAGGUGUUUGGCUCCUUGGCCAGCAGGUUGUUAGGUGGCUCCGAAAGUAUCGCCAAACCAACUCACGAGGUGGAAUCCAAUUUGCUAGGCUUUUUUCUUAAAUGACAUUUUUAAGUUUAUUUUAUGUGUAUGUUAGGGCACAUGCGCCAUAGUGUUUGUGUGGAAGUCAUAGGCCCGACUUUCAGGGGAUCACCAUUCGGAUCCAGGAAUCAAAUGUGGCUUGGCAGCAAGCACCGUUCUUUACCCGCUGAGCCGUCUCACCAGCCCAAGUUUAGAAGAUCUUAAACAUGACAACACUAGAAAAAAGACCUUAGGAGUCAGAGAUGACAUAUAAAGGGCACCUCAUCAUCUGUCUCCAUCUUCUCAGGAGAGCCUGGGGGGGUGGGGGUUCUACUUCAUGAGCCCCAGCAGAGUCCCAGUGGAAAUAAAUAGGUUUGGUUCCUGCUUUUUCA